UAGUUAUCGUCACGGUCACACUAAUUACCAAAGCAAAAAAAAAAAAGAAUGUCUGUGACGCUGCAUACCGACGUGGGCGACCUCAAAAUGGAGCUCUUCUGUGAUGCCUGUCCAAAGGCUUGCGAAAACUUCCUGGCUUUAUGUGCCAGCGACUACUACAGCGGCUGUGUCUUCAUUCGAAAUAUUAAGGGAUUUAUUGUCCAGACGGGGGAUCCUACCAAUACGGGCAAGAACGGACAGUCUAUUUGGGGAACUAAAUUCGACGACGAGUUCAAGGAAACAGUCAAGCACACUGACCGUGGAAUGGUUUCGAUGGCCAACAAUGGGCCAAACGCCAACGCCAGCCAGUUCUUUAUCACGUACGCUGCCCAGCCGAACCUUGACCUGAAAUACACGUUGUUUGGUCGCGUUAUCGACGGCUUUGAUGCCCUGGAUGAGCUGGAGAAGCUGCCUGUCAAUCCCAAAAACUACCGGCCGCACGUAGACAAGAAGAUCAACGGCGUAACCAUACACGCCAACCCCCUAGCGACGUGAGGGACAAUGACUACAAAGACCAAUUGGUUUGCUUAAAAGGAAACGUAUUUAUAGUACUUAAGAUAUAUGAUUUCUUCGUUUACAGACUAAUUGGUUGAGAAACAUAGAAUAUUGUGCAAGGGAUUUCUAAAACUAAAAUCCAAAAAUCAGCCGAGUCACAAUAGUUAAUAUAAAAUUGCAUUGUUUUUAGAAAUUUUUCAUCGACUUUUGCACUUAAUAUGGAACUUACAAUAAGACAAAUCAGAUGGAUGUUAAAACGAUCAACUAGAAAAGAGAAAACAAAUGCUAACAAG